ACUUCCUUCCUUCCUUCCUUCCUUCCUUCAUUCCCCUCUCUCUCUCUUCCCCAACUCCCAUAGAAAAAAUACCAAAUAAUCAAACCGUUUAUUCUCUCUCCUAAGCUGAAGGAACAGCCCCGAAAAAGCAAACCGACAAAAUAAAAAAAAAAACCCAUAACGCGGCUGCCUCUGUUUACCAAGAAAACCAGAGAAAGCUGUCCCUUUUCCCUGUCUUCUUCGCCGGUGUUGCUCCGAUUCUUGACCCAGCACAGAGUCUGAAACCGCCCACGGUUGGAGGAUUCGUUAUAGAUCGCGGGAGUUCAGGUACGGUCUCUGGGGGUCUUGAUCGGGUCGGGUCCUGAUCGACCCGGGAGAAUCCGGGUUCUAUGGUCUGCUCGGCGAGGGGAGCUGAGAAUUGGGUCGGUGAGAGUUUAGGCUAUAGAGAGGGAUAAACACACGGGGAAGAGUUUCGUCUCGGGGGUUUGACGGAUUUUGUGGGGGGUUUUGAGUUUUUUUGUUGAUUUGGUGAAGCUUUUUUCUUUGUUUGUUGCUUUGGAUGAUUACAGUGGGGAGAGAAUGUGUAGGUGUAAGGUUGUGUGGGGGUGAGGAAGACGGAGGGAUGGAUGAGGAGAUGGAGCUUGAGGAGGGUGAGGCCUACUCUUACCACAACGACGACGACGACUACAACAACAAUUGUGAUGAGAACAAGUAUGAUGAUCGCGUUGACCCCGAUGUCGACUUCUCCUACAUGGAUGUGAAAAUUCAGGAUGUGCUUGGGCACUUUCAAAAGGACUUUGAAGGAGGGGUUUCAGCUGAAAAUCUUGGAGCUAAAUUUGGUGGAUAUGGUUCAUUUUUACCUGCUUAUCAGCGGUCCCCUGUUUCGUCGCGGCCAAGAUCUUUGCCAAGUCCUUCACUUGUGGAGGGUCCCUGUCACAGUGCUGCGGUUUCAGUGGCUGCCCCUGAGUUGCAGAGACAAGGGUACGUUAAGACAUCCAAUGCUGCAAUCUCACGGAGCAAACAACGAUCCAUUGGUUCUUCUAAGCAGGAGAAGUGCAUGCCGCCACUUCGCACUGUUGAAGAUGAGAAUAGCUAUGAGUCUGCGGACAGAAAGUCAUCCUCCAGUUUUCCUGAACAGAAGAUGCUAAAAGUCAGGAUAAAACUGGGCUCUUCUGAUAACCUGUCGACACAAAACAAAGCUUCGACGCAAAACAAAGCUGCACUAUACAGUGGCCUUGGUCUUGAUGCUUCACCAUCUUCCUCAUUGGAUGAGAGCGCCUCUGAAAGUGAAGGAAUGUCCUGUGGUCCCAUAGAGAUGGGUUUCGACUCUCCCACUAGCAUCCUUCAGAUCAUGACAUCAUCCCUGUUGGAUGGAGAUCGACUUCUUUCGCCCUUGUCUGAUGAUCUUAUUCACUUCACUGAGAAGGAGAAACUACUGCAAGGGCAGAAAAGCAAAAAGUUGCCUGAUGAGAAGAUACCAAAGUUGGUGCAGAAAAAAGAUGCACCCAUGGGUUUAAGAGGCUGCAGUAGUAAGAAGUCCAAGAGGAAAGAACUGGACAUUGACUCACUUGCUUACGAGGAUCUUAUCUCAAAGACUUUGGAGCUUCCGAUUAUCUCGGGUGCUGGAGGAGAUGAAACUUCUGCUAGAGUCGAAAGCAUUUCGAAACAUGGGAAAGAAGAUUUAAGCCAUUCUGCAUGGAAAAUUUUAGAGAACGAGAGGAAAACUUAUGAACCAGAAGCCAAUUUCCGUGCUCCAAGGGAGAAGAAUGAUUCAAGUAGUGAAAAAGCCUCUUUGAAGAGGAAAAAGAAGCUCAAGGGAAGUCAAAAUGAAGGAAUUCAACUUGCAGAUCCUGUGAAAGAGAGCUUGAGUGGUGCUUCUUCUGUGCCCAAGAGUAAGAAGAGCAUCAAGGAAGAUAUUUCAAGGACUGUGAGCGAACAUGGUGAAUUGAAAUCGAGGAAGGUGCCGGAGAAAGGCAGGGAUAUAUAUAGAGGUUUCUUUGGGGAAACUGAGCAAGAAGAACAAAAGCAAUGUGGAAUGAUGGGACCAGACUCUGGAAAUGGUCAGGACUUUGGCCCAGUUGAUAACAACACCAAGUUGAAGGAGAGAGCGGAUGAUGAUAUAACUGCAAAGGCAUCCACAUCAGAGAUGCAUCGCGAUGCUGCUCCAACCGUUGCUCCUCCUACUUCUGUGGCACCUUUUGUGAUUGAAGAGAACUGGGUGUGUUGUGACAAGUGCGAGAAAUGGCGGCUUCUGCCUAUUGGUAAAGAUCCUAAGAGCUUGCCUAAGAAGUGGCUUUGCAGCAUGCUUGAUUGGCUGCCUGGGAAGAACCGUUGUAGUGUCAGUGAGAUUGAGACAAAUGCUGUUCUAUCACAGUCCUAUGCCCCUGCUCUGCCUUCUCAGAGCAACGUGCCUUUGAAUUCUGAAAUGUCGGCUUUACCUUCUGCUGCCACUGUGGGUAAUCCCACUCCCAAGGCUCCAUCUGCUGGGAAGAAGAAACACCACAUCAAACAAGUAGUUCAUCCAAAUGUUUCGGGCGGCCCCACUGAUUCUGUUCAGUCCAGCAAGUCCAGAGAGAAACAGAAAGCUUAUGAACGCCAUUCUGAUGGAGGUGAUGCCGAUAGCCUAAGAUCGUCAAAGAAAGUCAGGAAUAGAGAUAUUCAAUCUGCCGAUGAAGAUUGGAGAUCUGCUGGUGCUGGUGGGAGUACCAGCCGGAAGCAUGGGAAGAAUGCGAGUUCAAAUGAACGAGCCCAUAAUUGGAAGCCUGAUUCCACUGAUGAAGUGCCGGUAAAGCAACGAAGAGAGUCACUGGAAAAAGGUAAUUCUGAUUCUGGGAAGUCUGUCUUGAAGAAGAGGAUUUGGGAGGGAGACAGUGAGGAUUACACCAGAGAUUAUGAUGAGCAUUCAGUACGAAAGAAAGCAAGAGUGUCCAAGAUUGAAGGGAAGGAUUCCAGUGAGAAAUGUGGCUCAGAUGGUAUGACAAAUUCUACGAGAAAGGGAGCAAUCGAUCCGCGGCGUUCUGUGGGCCCCACCAAGGCCAAUAAAAGUAAAGGCAGCUUCCAGGAAAUAAAGGGCUCUCCUGCAGAAUCGGUUUCUUCCUCACCUUCGAGGAGUUCAAAGCCUGACAUUGCCUCGGUAGUAAGAAAUCUCGUAGAUAAUGAAGAUAAGGAGAAACGAAAUUCCAAAUACGAAGUUGAGGCUGAUAAAAGAAAGGCUUCUGAUGUUGAAGCGAAACCUCGGGACAAUGAAAGAAAGAGAGUAGAGGAUGAGAAUAAAUCUGCUGGGAAGAACAACCCGGUCAGCAAAACUUAUGGUAAUGACGAGAAAACUUCGAGAAGGGGUUCCUCUAGCAGAUCUGACCAUACUGGAGAUGAGACCCGAGUCAGGAAAUCAAAAGCAUUGCCUCCCUCUGGAGCAAGUCUAACUGAAACACCUCAUGUUUCUACAAAACUAGCGUCUGGGCCCCCUAAAGUAAACAAGGCCUCGAAACCAUCAGAAACGGUUGUUACUGCGAAUGGAACCAGGCACCCAAGUGAACGAAGAGAAUCCUUCACUCAGGCCGCUGCCAAUGCAAUCAAAGAAGGCAAAGAUUUGAAGCACAUGGCUGAUCGCGUUAAGGCCUCGGAGUCAAACCUUGAAAGAACCGGGCUCUACUUCCAGGCGGCUCUCAAAUUUCUACAUGGAGCCUCCCUACUAGAAUCAAGCUUCAAUGCCAGUUCGAAAUAUGCAGAGAUGGUUCAGUCAGAACAAACAUAUAGCAGCACUGCAAAACUCUGCGAAUUUUGCGCCCACGAGUAUGAGAAAUCCAAGGACAUGGCAUCUGCUACCUUGGCCUACAAGUGCAUGGAGGUAGCGUACAUGAAAGUGGUCUACUCGUCUCAGAACACUGCCAACAAAGACCGCCAUGAGUUGCAGACUGCACUUAAAUUGAUUCCUUUAGGCGAGUCUCCUUCUUCCUCGGCAUCGGAUGUAGAUCAUGUGAACAACACUGCAGCUGCGGACAACAAAGCUAUUACUUCCAAGGACGAGACCCCUCGGCAAGUUGCUGGAAGUCAUAUCAUAACUGCCCGAAACCGACCAAACUUUGAACGGCUGCUGAAUUUCACGCAGAAUGUAAACAGUGCGAUGGAGGCAUCUAGAAGAUCAAUGGCUGCGUAUAAUGCUGCUGCAAAUUCAAAAUCCGGAGAUGCCCAAUACAAGGAAGUAAUCUCUCAUAUCAAACGGGCCAUUGAUUUCAACUUUCAAGACAUUGAGGGCUUGCUCCAACUAGUCCGUAUAGCAACAGAAGCCAUAAGCCGGUGAAAAUCGUGGAUCUGAAUUCGAAAUCUCAAGGUCUUCUCUGUUUUGUAAAACUCGGGAAAGUGAGAAAGGAGAUUGAUCCCAAUCUUCCCUGUGCUGACAGUUACAAAUUUUAAGAGUGUAAAUUACUGCAAUAAACUUUUCCCGCUUUCAACUGAGGUCCCCAAAGUCAAAGGCACACCGACAAAGUCUGAGUAUCGCCUGGUUCUGCUGGUUCCCGAAAAUAUCAGGUCAAGAGUGACCGAAACGAAGGUGGUGAGAGGGGCCUCUUGAGGACGGAAUAGUCAACAGUUUUCGGCCAUUAGUUAUUGUACUUCCUGCAGAUUUUCUUUUAGCGUUCACCGCCAACAAUAAGACAUCAUGUUCCCCCAGUAUAUAUAAAUGUUCCCCCUUAUUUUUGGGGGAAAUAUAAGUUGUAUAGCCCCAACAUUUGUAAGUGAUCAAUGAGGCCUCUUGUAUUAAAUAAGAUUUUGUCAUGUCUGCUGAUGUAUCGAGGGCCAAUUUGUCCUGUUUAAGUUUCAUAGUAAAUUCAUGUCCAGAGUUUUUUUAACUUUUUAGGACCAUUGCCCCAGUGUUGGCUGACUGUAAAAUUAAAGCUGUAGACUCUCCAAGUUGAAUAAAUCAUUCGUUCUUGCUAGUUUUUUACA